AUGUUCAAUAAAGGGUUAGAUCUCGUAGCACGUGGCUACGUUGUAACGAGAUCAAUUCGUAGAUUCUUUAAUGCAGCACGAGGGCCUCAAUAUACUAUAAGUACAGAUAAUGGUCACAAACAUCCCUAUCUCGAAGUCCGGAACGCGACAUAUCAUGGUUUAGGACCUCGUGAAGAAGCUCGGGCCAUGUGCGCCGUUAAAACUCAAGAAGUCAAUGCCACAGCCAACGCGACAAUUACAAGGAGGUUGCACGGUGUUGUUACAUCACGGGAGCUACACACUGCUGUCCAGCGAUUGGAAGUGAUAAUUUUUGGACAGAUGCAGCAGUUGUGGCAGAGCCUGGACGCAUUGCGAUCACAACUCACAAGUAAUACGAACACUAAUUAUCCCGAUAGAAGAAGCAUCUCUUUUAGGUUUAGACCGAAUAGAGGUUAA